GUAAGACAAGCUCCUGUGAGGUGCAAACGCAUUCGCUCUGUUAUCUGCAGAUCAUGAGUUCUGAUCCUGACGAUGCCACAGCUAUCGAUGGCCACGAGCCAAGAGAACAAACCUGACUGUGCUUCCUGAGUGGGAGGGGCAUACUCUCUCUCCCCUGUCAAUCACAGCAGUACUACCCAAUCACAGGUGUGUGUGAGCUCCUGUAUGUGGAAGAAGGCAGAUAGCGCGUCCCUCUGAAUGUGCUGUGACUCAGCUAUUCGAACAAGAUGCUUUUUUUCCUUUUUUUGUUUGAGAUUGAGAUAAACGCUGGAUUUAGAAACAUUCAGAAUCUACUCUUUCAACGACGUCUUGAUGAUGUAGUAGCUGCAACCUCGUGUUAAACACGCUCAUCAUUCAUACAGUACACCAGGCUUAGGGUUGAUCACCUGAAGGUGGCUUAAUGGCUUCCUCCUUGUGCAGGACAGAUGGACAAAAAGUUUUGGCACCCUCAGCCAGGUCACCUCUUCCUGUCUGUUUGGCGUCUUGGAAUAAAUCGGCUAAUAAGUGGACCGCUCCUGACCACAAGAGCCACUAGUACACGGGUCUCGUAUGCUCUCAUGCCCCACAUUCACAAAUCCGAAUACAGAUACGGAUACAGAUAGCGUCACUGCCUUACACCUCUACUAAACAGAAGAUGGCCGACGGGAUGAUAGACAUCAGUGGCGUGACAUUCUACAUGGAGUAUCUCCUCAUCACGGGCGUUAUUUAGCACUGCUGCUACCGGAGCGUCAUCAUACGCGUUCUCCAAGUUAACACUGGCGUUCCCCGUGAUGUCAUCUCUGAUCGCCUUUAUAUUCAGUCCUAAGGAGGCUCUGAGAGACUUCCUGCAGCGGAAGGACAGAGGAGAGCUCACUGUCCAAAAAACCGGCGUCCUGAGACAAACCCUCCUCCACCCUGUGAAUCUCUCCGUGUCCCCGGAUGGACUGUUGCGUUUCGGAGACACGGUCAUGCUGUUAAACACUAGAGGGAAGACGCACGACCCGUGUGACCCCUGCGCCCUCAGCAUCAUCGCCGACCUCCGCAACAUCACAUCACGUCCAGAAACAAACUCCAAGCCGCAUCUACAGGGUCCCUGUCAGGUGGGCGGAGCCAGCAGCAUCCAGCCGUGUGUGAUGAACGCCUUCAUAAUCACCAGUGUGGACGAGACUGCAGAUGGAGAGAUACUCAGAUACGAGCAAAACUUCGCCCUCAGGACGACUGCAGGCUUCGGUGGAGAGCUUUACCUGGCCAGUGACCACAGAACCUUCCAGAAGUGUGCUAAGAAAUCCCGGCUACAGGAAGUGAGCUUAGUGGAGCAGCUGGACUUCCUGUGUUGGUGGAGGCUUGUUUAUUUUGAUCCACAGGACCGACUCGAACAUGAAGGCUUCCCCGUGCGGGUGAACUCUAAGCUGCUGCUGUCUCACUGUAAAACUAACCAGUGUCUCGCUGCUCUGCCUGAUCACACACUCCGGACUACGUUUGGGAAAAUGUCCGAGAUCACGGCUCACACGUUCCUGGAUUCCCAUAAGGCCGAGCAGGAACGUAAUCACUGGAUGUUCGUGACGGCUGAUCCGGGAGAACAGGAACCGAGCGCACUGCGACGUCACCUCGAGUCCAGCAUCACCGACCACAACCAGUCAGAAACACACACACACACAGGCUGAAAACUGAAAACACUCACAGACGAGUGUAACAGCUGCUGCUGCUUCUGCUGCGUCCUGAAAUUAAAUAAUGAUUAUACUCCAGAUAUUUCUCAGUGUUUUAACUAAAAGACCUCGUAGUGUAUUAAAGUGUCAUCACUGCAGAUAACGACAUCUUAGCCAGUGACAAUAUCUUGAAUAUGGGCAAAUUUAUCUUAUAUUUCUGAUUAUGAGAUGAUUAUAAAUCAAAUGUAAGCUUAAUCAGCUUGUUUGUAGAUGCUUUUACUCAUUUCAAGCUUUAAAUGUUCUUAUUCUAUAGACAGAUCAUUUUGCUUCUUUGCAGAAAUAAAUGUUUAAAAUUAACAAAAUUAUCUGCCAAUAAAACAAGACUACUUCAAGCUUGAAAUUAGUAAAAAAAAUGUCUAGGAAUAGGUUUAAUAAUCUUAUAUUUGAUUCAUUUUAAUCUUGUAACAGGAAGCCCGGACUGCUCCUGAUGUUUUUUUCAGGAUUUGUGCUCGAACUUUAAUCAGACGUUUCAGCUUAAUGUGAUUGAUUUAAUGAAAUAAAAGCAGCCAUUUU